UCUCAUUGUUCUGGCAUUUGAAAGGCGUUUUAUUUCAUUCGUAAAUAAGUUAUGAUGCUGCCUCGCAUUGUUCGUCAAAGCAAGCCACCAAUGACCAAUGCGGGGUAGUAUCCACUAUACACUAAUAAUGGCAAUGAUAAUGCCACCUCUCAAGUAUCUUACUUAUUUGUAGCUGUCUCUGGUUAUGUUCUUUGCCGGUUUUAUUACUCUACUUUCGAGCGAUGCGACAGGGUUCUGACCGCUAUAUAAGAUCUCGGUAUCUGCCAAAAAAAUCAACACAAAUCAUCCACCAACCAGCAACCACCAAUCAGCCAAACAUCUCAACAUGAAGUUCUUCAUUGCUUGCCUCCUGUUCGCCGCCUGCCUGGCCCUGUCCCAGAGCAGUGUCAUCCAUGGAGCUGCUUACGCCCCAGUGGCUACCGUGCCACUGGUUCGCACCGUCCCGGUGGUGCGCACCAUACCGGUCGUCCGUCAUGUUCCAGUGGUGCGUACAGUGCCCGUUGUCCGUCAUGUGCCCGUGUACGAGAACGUGGCCGUUCCUUCCGUCGUCCGUGUAGGGCACGCCGCCGUCUACGAUGCUCCCCUGGCCUACGGUGGCUGGCUGAAACAGAAAUAAGUGCAGUGCCACCCGCUUCUACUCGACCGCUAACUAAACUUAACCGACUUGUCUUUUUUUGUCUAUUAAUAAAUUAUAAGACAUCGAAAAAUUGUAUGAUAUGAUAUCAACGAAAUUAAAUGGGCUUCUAGUCAUCAAA